AAAGCGUGUAGAGCUGUGCUUGAAUCAUGGUGUUGUAGUGAAUCAAGGUUUCUUGCCACCAGAUUCAGAGCAUCAGAGCACAAAGCGUAUUGUGGUGAAGCCACGCGCCAUUGUCUCCGCGUUUCAUUGUCACUUGUCGCUAGUUUGGGUCUGAGCUGUUCUUUGUUUGAUUGUUUUGGUUCGGGAUGAAUUUAGUUUAGGUCAGGUAGGGCAAGGCAGGGCAGGGCAAAGACAGGAAAGGGAAAUAUUUAUGGAAAUUAGGAUUAAGUAGGAGGGAAGUGAGUGAAUCACCUGUGUGAGUUUUGCUAGAUUGUAUGUAUGAUGGAUGAUGGAUUCGCGAUUCCGUGGGAGUCCUCUAGCAAACGACGACUGACUAGACUGACAACAUAGACUCUCACGCAUGAACGUGGAAUUUUUAGGAUUGUGGCAGCCGAGAUGUCGGCAUGCCGAAUUUAACCCAUCGAAGUGCAAAAAUCUACGUAUUUUCUUCUUUUACUUUCUCGGCAGGCUGCAAGUGUAUAUUUCGACGAUUCUAUUUCAUUCCUUCCUGAGAGCCUUGCCGCGGAAAGUCAUAUUUGCUUGGAAUAGUUCUCUAAAUUCUAUUCACUACCUCGGUUUAUUCUUUCUGUUUUACUAGUACGUUCUUAAGUCAUGCCCGUCGAAAGAAUUUUCCCUGUUAAUGAUUUCACAGCCCAAGGAAUACUGUAUACUCUCUCGGUG